UUAUAUUAUAUAUAUGUAGAAUAAUCAAAGUCAAGCUCCGAUUCCCGGAUCUGUUGAAAUUAUCAAAGGUAUCAUCUUUGAUAUAUUUUUAGACAAGCUUUAUUGGAUUUCUGAUAGAUAAGCUCCUAGAAAUUAGCCAAAUGCAUUCUAUUUUUGUAUUGAUCAAGUAUUAGAUUAUGAUUAAUUUCUUUUUAGGAUCUUGUAUAUGAGCCUUUCUUUGCAGAUUUUGGUCCAUUGAAUUUAGGUCAUACAUACAGAUUUGUAACAGAAUUGGAGAAAUUGCUUAGUGAUAAGACAUAUUAACAAUAUGCUAUCUAUCAUUAUACUAGUUUAGAUAGUGCUAAAAGAGCUAAUGCUGCCUAUUUAAUGGGAGCUUUUUAGGUGAUAAUCUUAAAAAUAAGUGCAGAUGAUGCAUGGAAACCAUUUUAAUCUGUUAGACCUGCAUUUUAAGAUUUUAGAGAUGCUAGUUAUGGAUAAUGCACUUAUAAAUGCACAGUAAUUUAUAUUGAUAAUUUAUUUAGAUUUUACAUUGUUUGAGAGGUUUAGAAUAUGCAAUCAAAUUAAAAUGGUUUGAUGUUAGAAAAUUUAAUCUAAGAGAUUAUGAAUUUUAUGAAAGAGUAGAAAAUGGAGAUUUAAAUUGGAUUGUUCCAAAUAAAUUUAUUGCCUUCUCAGGACCUUCUGCUACUUAAAAAGAUGCUGAUGGAGUAUAUCCUAUAUAUUUAUUUAGAAUCGCACAUUCACUCCAGAAGAAUAUGUACCUAUCUUCAAGUAAUUUGGAGUAACUUGUGUUGUUAGAUUAAAUAAAAAGGCUUAUGAAGAGUAAAGAUUUAUAAAAAAUGGCAUCAAACAUGAAGAAAUUUAUUUCUUAGAUGGAUCAGUUCCAGGAGAUGAAAAGAUUUUAAGAUUCUUGGAAAUUGCUGAAAAAGAAAAUGUUGUAGCUGUUCAUUGUAAAGCAGGUUUAGGUAGAACAGGAACCUUAAUUGCUGCAUAUGUUAUUAAACAUUAUAGGUAAUAAUCUAAAUUUAAUCUUAAAUAGAUUCCCUGCUCCUGAUUUUAUAGGAUGGAUUAGAAUUUGUAGACCUGGAAGUAUUUUGGGACCAUAAUAAAUAUUUUUAUUAGUAAUUUCUUUAUUUCUAUUUUUAUAGCAAAAAUAAAAUUGGUUGGUUAGUUUAGGAAAAGAUUCUCCUAUAUGGAAUUAAGUCAAAUAAAUUGCAGCUGAAGUUAACAUUGAAAAGAGAUUGAAAGAUUUACAAUUAGGAUCAAUGAGUGAGGGUAUUAUCUCUUGUUUUAUUUUUAGCUGAUAAAAAUAAAGCAGAAAAAGGUGAUUAAGAUUAGGCUUAAACAUUAAAUAAAGCAAAAUUAAUGAAGUAUAUUAUUCCCAUCUAAAUUCUUUAGUUAAACUACAAAUUCACCUGGCUUGAAAAAAUGAAACAUUAAUUUUAUUUUAUUAAAUAAAUUUACCCAAUCC